AUCACGAAUCUGGUCAAAGCUCCGAGAAGAGCUGAACACCUCUACAAACUCUUGUUCUCCUACCGCCAAGCAAAAGCUUAUCAUUUCGUAUUCGCCUCGUGAUUUCUCCGGUCAUAUCACCAGUCUGACACAUUAUUGGACCUUAUAUCUGGGAUCUUAGUUUCUGUCCUUCAGUUUUGUUCUGUUCCUGAAACUCACACAUUCGACAUGAUGUCUAAUCUGAAGACCCAAGCAGAUGUUGAACUCUACAACACUGAGUCGCAGGAGGACCCUGUGGUUUCAGAAAAGAAAGGCACUCCUAGUGACCAAAAAGACAUGUAUCGCAUGGGCAAGACGCAAGAGCUUCGAAGGAACUUCGGAUUCGUUUCAAUUCUGGCGUACUCCAUGACUUUGAUGGCUACAUGGGAAACCGUUUUAACAACUCUGAUUAUCCCAUUGACAAAUGGUGGAACUGGAGGUGCUAUUACCAUGUUCCUUGGUACAUCAAUCGGGAUGGGCUUCGUCGUUGUGUCCAUGGCUGAAAUGGCAUCCAUGGCUCCUACAGAAGGUGGCCAAUACCACUGGGUUUCAGAAUUUGCUCCCAAAGCUCAACAAAAGUUUCUCAGCUACGUUGUGGGCUGGCUUUGUGUUCUUGGUUGGCAAACUGGUACUGUUUCUAUUGCCUUUUUAGUCUCUGGUCAAAUCCAGGGCCUUAUGGUUCUGAAUAACGCCGCAUCGUAUAUGCCCGAACGAUGGCACGGCACGCUACUCGUUAUCGCUGUGGCCACGUCCGCAAUCAUCUUUAAUACUCUCUUAGCGCGUAAGCUCCCUCUGAUCGAAGAGUUGGUACUUAUACUUCACGUUCUUGGAUUCAUCGUGUUCUUUGUUACUAUGUGGGUCCUUGCACCGCGCAGCAAAGCUAGCGAUGUGUUCAGCGGCUUCCAGGACAACGCGGGUUGGGGAAACACUGGUCUCUCAGUCCUGGUAGGACAACUGGCGCCUAUCUUCUCCCUUCUUGGUGCGGACGCCGCGUGCCAUUUGAGUGAAGAACUCAAGGAUGCUGCAUACACUCUUCCACGAACUAUGAUCUGGACGGCCUGCUCAAACAGCAUCCUGGGAAUUCUCAUGCUGGUCACCUUUUGCUUCUGUCUAGGUGACAUUGAAAGUGUUAUCAUGACUCCAACAGGACAGCCGCACAUUCAGGUCCUCUACAAUGUCACAAAAUCGACUGUUGCCGCGAGUGCACUUGCAUCUAUAACACUCAUCAUGGCAGUCUUCGGCUGCGUCAACAACGUGGCUACCAGCUCACGCCAACUUUUCGCUUUCGCACGCGACAACGGGGUACCUUUCAGUGGCUUUCUAUCUCACGUUCGUUGGGAUCUCCCGAUCAACUCUAUCGUCGUGUCAUUCACAGUCUCUGUUCUGCUCUCCCUCAUCAAUAUCGGCAGCACUGUGGCAUUCAACUCGAUUGCCUCGCUUGGCAGUUGCGCCCUCCUAUCGUCCUACAUCAUCUCUGUAGGCUGUAUGUUCGUCAAGCGCUGGCGGAACGAGCCACUUUUACCAUGCAAGUUCAGCUUAGGAAGGGCUGGCAUUUGGAUCAACGGCAUCUCGGUCAUGUAUCUCAUUUGGGCACUUAUCUUCGCGUUCUUUCCUACCUUUCCUCAUCCCACACCUGACCUUAUGAACUGGAACAUUCUUAUCUAUGGCGUUGUUGUCGCUUUCGCUUUGGUCUUUUUCCUCGUCAAGGGCCGCAAGGUAUACGUUGGACCUGUGGAAUACACCAAAAAAGACUUGUAGUAUUCUCGCGAGUAUGAUUUUAUGACAGUUUUUGGAGCGAACCCAAGCCAGAAGGUUACUUUGAUAUUCUUCUUGUUGCAUGAACAG